CGUCACGGGAACGUCAAGGUGGAACGGAGCAGUCGGACAGCGCGCUGCUCUGCACUACGCUGCACGCGAGUCCGAGGUCUGCGCGAGAAAUGGCACCGCAACGUCGAGGCAACGCAAAGAACAGCGACCACAGCGCCAUAGAGAGAAAGAUCAAAAGGGGACAUGCUCAGAGACAGGCCUCCACGUGGAGUGGACUGCGAGGGUACAUGCUGGUGCUGAUGCCUGUCGUGGCGUGCUGCUCUGUGGGAUGGCUGUACCUCAGCUUGGAGAGUGACGUCACGGAGACCCUGGUCAGGCACGGCGAGGUGCUGCAACAGCCGAGGGUCUUCGGGGUUCCCUGCUCUGAGGAUUAUAACAACUACAAACGGUACCCAGGUUGUACACCUCAGAGGUGUGGGCGAGCUGUAACAGACAGUGUGGUCACCCGGGAGGAGGCUCAGGUGCUGAGGAGGUUAGCAGAGAGGGGGCUCUCACUUGGUGGCUCAGAAGGAGGUGCGUCUAUCCUGGACCUACAUUCUGGGGCGCUGUCAAUGGGGAAGCAGUUUGUCAACAUCUACAGGUAUUUUGGGGAGCAGAUCAGAGGCAUCUUUUCCGAGGAGGAUUUUCACCUCUAUCGGGAGGUGCGUUCGAGGAUUCAGAAUGUGAUAGCAGAUACUUUUGGACUGGACUCCUCACACAUGUAUCUCACCAAGCCCACGUUCUUCUCCCGGAUCAAUAGCACCGCGGCCAAGACCACACAUGACGAAUAUUGGCACCCCCACAUCGACAAGGAGACAUAUGGCUCCUUUGAUUACACAUCGUUGCUGUACCUGUCCGAUUAUGAAAUAGACUUCGGCGGCGGACGAUUCAUCUUCAUGGACGCAGAUGGAAACCGGACGGUGGAGCCGCGCGUGGCUCGGGUGUCCUUCUUCUCCUCGGGGUCGGAGAACCUCCACCGUGUUGAGAAGGUUGGAUGGGGCACACGCUACGCCAUCACAGUGUCCUUCACGUGUGACCCGGCCCAUGCGAUUGAUGACCCCGCCUUGCUUUAGGCUUCUUGCAGUCAUGCUGCCCGUUGGCUCUGCAAAGUACUGCAACACAGGACACAAAGACAAGUGUGGACGAACAGGAGGCACACAUUCGUCCAGAUUUCAGAACAAAUAACUCAUCCAUAGAGUCACUGAGGAAUCAGUGUUUGCCCCUUUUUCUUUUCAGGGUUAUCGGUUUGUUAGGUUUCAUUCAGUAUGUUUUAAUGUAUGGUAUUUUUUUCCCUUCUGUUUUAAUUUCGACAGAGGGUUCUUGUUCUGAACGCAAAGAGCAGCUGUUUAUUUUUGGUCACAGGGUGGAAGGUGACAUUAGACCCAAACAUUUAAAAGAGCUGAAGAUGAAGUUUAAUUUUUGAACAUUCAGAGGUAAACUUCUGUGAUAACGCUUUUGGUGGCCCAUCAGUCUAUUUUGCCAUAAGAAGGAGGAUUAUUUGGACAAAUGACUUGUCAUUUUAGGCUCAAAAAAUAUGAAGCAUUCUGGUUUGCACCAAAGUCUGUUCUGUGCUAGGUGUGUGGGUUUUUUUUGUCCCCCCCCAAAUAAUUUUUUUUUUUUUUUUUUGACUUUUGUGGACUGUGGGUGAAACUGGUUUAAAAGACCAUUCCCUCUUUCACCAGUGCCUUGCAUACCAACAAGGCUAGUCUGGAUGAACCAGUUCUAGGCCAAACAAAUUUGAUAAGCUUUUGAGAAAAAAUAAUUUAGUUUAAAUUCCUGUCUGAAGUCAGCAAUAUUAAAUGGAACAGAAAUGGUAAAACUAUGCACUUGCAGAAAUCUCAGAUUAAAAAUGUAACCAGAUCCAGCAUAAAACAUGAGGUACAGAAUAAACCAUGAACAGAAACGAGGAAGAUGAAGUAGACAGCUAUAAAACGUCAGUUAUUUCUGAUUUCUAGGGUGUGUGGUCUUGCUGAGCACCAAGCUAGCAUGUGAUGUGCGCUCAAGGUUUCUAUGCAUGUAAACAAAUAGGCUGCUCUCUUGAUGUGAGCAACUAUCCUUCAAAAUGAAGGGUAGGAUGCUGCUGCCAGAAUUCCCACCACCUGUAUAAUGUCAAUCAAAUGAUGGACUUUAAAGCACUUGGCAGCCUUUACCUGAUCCAUACCACUUAUUAACUUUUCUUUCCUGUGCAUAGGUGAAAGGAAGUGGUCAGAAUAUCAACUUCCCAGUCAUUUAGUUUCAUUCAUUACAAAACAGAUUCAGGUGUUUUCUUGACUUAUCAACAUGUAUACUUGCUUUUAAACUUUGUUACCAAAGUGAAAGAAGUGUUUCGGAAGCUUUUUUUUUUCUUUUUUUUUUUUUUUUUUCCUCCUUUGUGACAUGGUUUUGCAGUGGGUGGCACUGCUGUGUCACAGCUUCUGGCCUGUGUAUUUGAAUCUGGCUUUACAUGGGUUUCCUUCAGGUGCUCUGGUUUCCUUCCACAAUCCAACAAUGUGUUGCAGCUGAAUUAGGCACUUUAAAUUGCCCUUGGUUUGUGUGUGUAUGUGUGUGCUUUGCCUGUGACAAGGUGGCAUCCCGUCCAGGGAGUGUCCUGGCUACACCUGUUUCCUGUGCUUCUGAGAUAGGCUCCGGACCACUGUGACCCUGCUCUAGGACAAGUGGUUAUGAUAGUCACUGAGUGUUUUUAAUAUAGACAUUUAUGUGGCUAUAAACAUUUACCAAGACCGAUUAACUAAAUGGUAAAAAGGGAAUAUUUAAUAACAAAUAUAUUGAAAGCCUAUUCCUUAAGUCACUUUGUGCUCCUGCACCGCAGAAUUAUUACAGAAAAUGUGUCAAUGUUCAGCUUGUAAUGUGUCUGCUUUUCUGACUAAAAGUGUUUGUGUUGCACCGUGCCAGUCUUGUAUAGUUUGCGAAUAUGCAGGCACAUCUGUUCAGGGGACCCUGCUGAAAAUAAUUCAAUGCCACAUCUGAGCCUCCCGAGAACUAGCAGCCAUCCUCAAGAAGCAACAUGAUGUAAUUGAAAGGGGCCGAGAUCCACAGGGACACAGUCUGCUAAAUGUCAAAUGAUGGCUGCCUUGGGAAGUGGGAAUGGGCUCGGGGACACGGGGAGAGGGAAGGCUGUCUAGGAGGGUUUAGGAAUCAAUCAGAACUAUUCCUUGUGAAUAAUAACCUCUUUAAUCCAUGCCAGUGUGCUGCUGGUGACAAAGCCUUGGUACUUCUUCUGGGUGUACUGCAGUUCCCCUGUGAGAAUGGGACCUUUAAGGCAAGCAUGGGCCACGUACUUCACUCCCAAUUCCCACUGAGCGGCUCAGGGGCUGUGAGGCACUGGCUUAACCUGCUGUGCCACUGUGUCCCUCAUUACUUACUUUCAGUGCUGGAUUUGUAUACCGAGCUACGAUGAUUUAUGCAUUUAUACAGCUGUGGAAUUUUUACUAAUGCAAUUCAGGGGAAGUGCCUUUCUUUUUUACAGCAGGAGGUUGGAUUUGAACUCGGGUCAUUUGAAUAGAGGGUUUUAGAUCUAAAUAUUAAGCUUCCCACUGGCCGGCCACCUGUAGCAACUACAGGGGAGUCUAAGACCUUAAAUCAAAUGAAAGUUAAAACGUGUUAAAAGUGGCAUGACAUCCACGACUGCUUUUGGGUCUGGUUGCUUGUAUGAAAUAUAAGUGACGGCAAAGUAGUAACUGAUUUCUCAUGCCUGUUCAAUUCAAUCUUUUUUCAUUUUCAUGAAAAACAGAUGACUUUGUUAUGAAUGAGAAUGGAUGCAAUUGGACAGUCAAGUUUUAAAAAAAAAAAAAAAAAAAAAUCCCACACCC